AUGGAAAUUAUAAUUGAUUCAACAGCUGGACAAAGAAGAGAUAAUAAUGCGAGUUCAAUAGAGUCAAAGAGUAAUAAUAACUCUGCAAAUACUUCACCAUCAAAUUCCAGUCAUUCAUCACCACUCAGCUCUGCGCAUACAUCGCCAUCUAGCUCACCAAAGUCAAUGUCAUCCAAUGCCUUGUACAGUUCAGAAGGAAUCAACAAAUUGCCAGCAUCUGCAUCGUCAUCGACUUCAUCACUACCAUAUCUCACAGGCUCCGAGGGUAUCACCAUGAGUCCAUCAGCUUCUCCAUUGUCUGGCUCCGAAGGUAUAAAAACACCUCCAAGAGUAGUCGAAGGUGAACUCGUCAAAGAAGGUCAUAUCUUUAAGAGUUGGCGCACCCGAUGGUUUAGAAUUGAGAAUGGUCAUCUAUUAUAUUUUAAAUCAAAAGAUGAAGUAGAACCAAUCGAUAGAGUACCACUUAGAGGUUGCAGAGUAUCAAAGAAACCAUUCCACGAUAGACAAAAUACCUUUGAAUUGAUCGCAGUUUCAAUGAGAAAGAUCUUUUUGCUUCAAGCCAAGACUUCGAAAGAGGUCGACUAUUGGAUGGAGGAAAUCGAAAGAGAAUCAAAGCUCGCCAGAUCACCAUCAAAGGUUUCACUUUAA